AAAAUUCGGUAAGAAAUGACUAUCAAUAAGAAGACAAAUAUUUAUUGGUUUUUGUAUUAUUGUGUUAUUGUUUCUGCAUUGGCUUUUACAAUAAUGGGUUUUCAAUUUGUUUGGUUCAGCCGAUAUUUAGAUAACUUAGUAGAAGAACGUGAAAUAUCAAAAUCAAAAGCAGCGUGGAUAAGUAGCAUGUUCCAUAUUGGAGUAAUUUCUAGUGCAACAAGCAUGUCAUACUUUACAAAUCGUCAAGGACGCCAACAAGCAAUGGUUUUAACGUGUGUACCACAUAUAAUGGCAACGAUUUUGUUUACUUAUGCUCAUGAACUAAUUUUUUUAUAUUUGUCACGAUUUUUAUGUGGAUUGGCAUUUGGUGUUACACAAACAGUUGUACCCGUUUACGUUAGCGAAAUAGCACAUACGAAAAAUCGCGGAGCAUGUGCAACUUGCUUAAUGGUUAUGUUAGCUCUUGGAUCGUUAAUCGCAAAUUUAUCGAUUAAAGUUCUGAAUAUACAUCGAUUUAGUUUAAUAAUAUUCUUAAUGUCGUGUAUUCAUGGUUGUGGUAUAUUUUUUGUGGAAGAAUCACCACAUUUUUAUGUAAAGAAUGGAGAAGAUCAGUUGGCACAGGAAUCACUAGAACGAUUACGUGGUUUUGAAAAUGUUACAUUAGAAUUAAUACAACUCAAAGAUAGAUGGGAAUUAGUUUCAUUAAAUCCGAAAAGUGGUGUGAAUCGAAAAACAUUUAGUAUUUUGCUACUUAUUCUAUGCGUAUCGCAAGUAGCCUAUGCCCCAAUGAACGUUUAUCGUAAACAUAUAAGUCAUAUGUCACAUUACAGUGUUCUGUCAUUGACGUCAGUGUUCGUAAUUUUUACAUCAGUAUCAGCUUACUUUGUGGAUAAAUGUAGUAGUCGAUUUGUAUUUUUGACAUCAAUGAGCGGUUCUACGGUGUGUUUGUGCUUAGAAGGUACAUAUCAUUACUUAGAAGAAAAAUAUAGCGAUUUUGAAACAAAACACGAAAGCUUACAUGUUUUGGUUGAGUUCGUUUACUUAAUUAUAUACGCUUUUGGUGUUGUAAGUUCUCCCUAUGUUUUUGUGAGUGAACAGUUUGAUAUUAAUACCCGUGAUACGGCUGGACUUAUGAUAGCACUUACGAGUGCCAUAUUUGGAUUUAUUUUUAUACAUUUGGAGGCAAUUCUGCAGACUCACGAAGCUCAUGAUAAUCAGGUUUGGGCGUGUGUUGUUAUAUUGAUUGUUUGUUGCGUUAUUGGAUACUUUGUAACACCAGAUGGAACAUCACGAAAAAGUUUUGAAGAAAUUAAAAUGGAAGGUAAAAUGGAUAAUUCAGUUCAGAGUGCGGCAAAAGUAGACGCAAUGUUCGAAGCGUACAGUAUCGUUUGAAAGAAUAUCGAAAUGAUUUUGUGUUCAAAUUUUACACCUUAUCAUAUAACGAUGGUUAGAAGACGUAAGAGGUAUGGAAGCCCUGGCAAGGAAAUACAUGUGGUGUGGAAGCCAAAAAUGGAAUGAAAAUAGCGGAAGAGGCACAAAUUAUUAUUAUUAAUACUUUAUGCGCUGGCAUCAAAGAAAUGUGCAUUUGCCAUUUUUCAGCUUAUAAUUACUGAUAUUGAAACUUGAAUAAUCCUUAAGUUAUCGGCGGGUAUUGAUUUAAAAGCAAGUUGAUUAAACAUAUAAAAAACUAGUUAAAAUUCUUCCUGGACUGUAAUAAACUAACUUGCCAAUGCUUUGUCCGCGGGCCUAACCAAAAAAUUGAUGCCUAGACAUACCACGAUUUUGAACGUUGACUUAGAUUGGAUGUGACAGGACUCUUGGGACACUUAAUUUCACUUUAACAGUUUAUUGCUAAUAUUCCGGCAUUAAUUUAUCGAAGAACAUUAAGGGAGUGCAUACAAAUUACGUUUACUAUCCGCCUCUAAAAAAAGGAACAAACAAAUAAAAUAAUUUCAACCGUUAUGGGGAACUUGCAUACUUUAUCCUCUUUGAUUAAACUUUUAGUUACGCUAAA